AUGUCGGUGCGCAGGUCCCCGCUCUUCCUGUGCGCCCUGGCGCUGGCCGUGGCGCUGGCCCCGGGGGAGGUGGUGGAGACAGGGGCUGGCGGCGGGCAGCCCCCCCCGGGGCCCGAGGCGGAGGAGCCGGGCUGCCCCGUCUGCCUGUGGCGGAAGCACAGCAAGGAGAUGAGGCUGGAGAGCAUCAAGUCGCAGAUCCUGAGCAAGCUGCGGCUCAAGGAGGCGCCCAACAUCACCCGGGAGGUGGUGAACCAGCUGCUGCCCAAGGCGCCCCCGCUGCAGCAGCUCCUGGACUUGCACGACUUCCAGGGGGACGCCUUCCCGCAGGACGAGUACCUGGAGGAGGACGAGUACCACGCCACCACCGAGACUGUCAUCAGCAUGGCCCAGCAGA